UCAUGCAGGACAAAUCUUGAAGCUCUUCAGAAGAAGUUAGAGGAGCUGGAACUAGAUGAGCAGCAGAGGAAGCGCCUGGAGGUUUUUCUUACCCAGAAGCAGAAAGUCGGGGAGCUAAGAGAUGACGACUUUGAGAAAGUCUCUGAACUUGGAGCGGGUAACGGUGGAGUGGUCUUCAAGGUUUCACACAAGCCCACCAGCUUAAUCAUGGCUAGAAAGCUGAUUCACCUGGAGAUAAAACCUGCAAUCCGUAGCCAGAUUAUCCGAGAACUGCAGGUUUUACAUGAAUGCAACUCCCCUUACAUUGUGGGCUUCUAUGGCGCUUUCUACAGUGAUGGAGAGAUCAGUAUCUGCAUGGAGCAUAUGGAUGGUGGGUCACUCGAUCAGGUAUUGAAGAAAGCAGGAAAAAUCCCAGAGAAAAUUUUGGGAAAAGUCAGCAUUGCAGUGAUUAAAGGCCUGACCUACCUGCGGGAGAAACACAAGAUAAUGCACCGAGACGUGAAGCCUUCUAACAUCCUGGUGAACUCCAGAGGUGAAAUCAAACUCUGCGACUUCGGGGUCAGCGGUCAGCUCAUCGACUCGAUGGCCAAUUCCUUCGUGGGGACGAGAUCCUACAUGUCUCCGGAGCGGCUGCAGGGCACACACUACUCGGUGCAGUCUGAUAUCUGGAGUAUGGGGCUCUCAUUGGUGGAGAUGGCCAUCGGACGAUAUCCAAUCCCUCCUCCUGAUGCCAAGGAGCUAGAAAUGAUUUUCGGUUGUUCCGUAGAGGGAGAUCUGGCAUCCUCCGAGUUUUCCCCUCGCCCCAGGCCACCAGGACGUCCCAUCAGCUCAGCCUUUGGCCCGGACAGUCGCCCUCCCAUGGCUAUCUUUGAGUUACUGGAUUAUAUUGUGAAUGAGCCGCCUCCUAAACUACCCAGUGGAGUGUUUGGAGCAGAAUUCCAGGACUUUGUGAAUAAAUGCCUGGUGAAAAAAUCCAGCAGAGAGAGCGGACCUGAAGCAGCUGAUGGUUCACAGUUUUAUUAAAACCUCGGAACUGGAGGAAGUGGAUUUCGCCGGCUGGCUUUGCUCUACCAUGGGCCUGAAACAACCCAGCACCCCCCGACGCACGCCGCAGGGGUGUGA